AUGGGCCCGUCAAAGACUUACAUCCUCUUGAUCACGAUCCACGUCAUAUAUGUGGUCACAGCGCAGGAGGUGGUGCGACGCGUGCCGCAGGGCUUCCUCGGCAUGCGCGGGAAAAAGUACUACGAAUUGGGAGACAACGACUUUAAUAAACGAAAACCUCACUUCUUUGUUGGAGUCAAAGGCAAAAAGGACUAUUUGUCUUCGGAGACUGAUCUAAAACGAGCGCCAAUGGGCUUCAUGGGUAUGCGGGGUAAGAAGGAGUACAUGUACCCUGACUACAUGCUCUACCCAGAGAACUAUGAAUACGUGCCCAAGAAAUCCGGCUCUUUGAUCGGCCAGAUUGAUUACUCAACAGAAGAAAUGAAUGGAAAUAACCAAGAAUAUCCCAUUUUAAAUGACGUUAUCAAUGAGUACCUAGAAAAGUUGCGUGCGAGCGAAGUUUCAUCGGAGGCGAGUGACACAGAGGAUGUAGUAUCUAACGAGAUGGAAAAACGUGCAAAUAUACACAGGUUUUUCGGCGUGCGAGGGAAGAAAUCCAUUCAGAACAAAAGACCAUACGAUUUAUCGUUCAGAGGCAAAUUCAUUGGUGUGCGUGGGAAGAAGGAUGUGAAAAACAGCGGUGCGCAAGAGAUAAAGUUUUUGCUGAACGGUCCCUCCUGGUCCAAACGAAGGCUACAAACGGGAUUUUUGGGCGUCCGCGGCAAGAAGUGGGCUAACGACGACAAUAGCUCAGAAUCGGAACCCGCGAACAGCGACGUGUCGACGCCAAAU